AUGCCGGAGAAGCCCUUAACGGUCGCUGCCUAUGCGGCCGGGGCGUCUCUGGCCGCCGCAACCCUCAUCUAUGUCUUUGCGCCAACCUACUUCCUCGACGGCGAUGCCGCCGGUUCCAGCUCCAGCAACUUCCUGACCGGUGGCGGCCGGAAGAAGGGCGUCAUUGUCGGCCUGGCCAACCCGGCCAAUGACUGCUUCAUCAAUUCCAUACUACAGGCCAUCGCCGGCCUCGGCGACCUGCGCGUCUACUUGAUCCGGGAGAUGCACCGCCGCAUCAUUGACGACGGCUGGAUAUACACGCAGGCUGUUCCGAAGGACUUCAAGGAGUAUGCCAACGGGGACAACGAACACAUCAAGUCGGAGCCAGAUUGGAAGAUCGAGGGCCAACAAAGGGGCCUCGUCACGCAGGGCCUGAAAGAGAUGCUUGACCAGUUGAAUGAGAGGCCCAUCUAUAGGAAGACCAUUACCGCGGCACCACUCGUCAAGUGCCUGGAGAAUGCGUUCCGUCAGCGCAUUAGCAGGCAGCAACAGGAUGCGCAGGAGUUCCUACAGGUCCUUUCCGAGAGGUUAUGCGACGAAUACCACGCCGGUCACAGGGCAAGGCGCUACGCCAGGUGGAAGGUCGGGCUGGAGAGCUCAAGUGGUCCACCCAGCGACAUAAACGGCGAUGUUUUCAAACAGAGGCUCUUCGAGCUAGCAGACCAGGAGACGAUCGAGUACGGCCGCGGGCCAGGUACACUUCCGUCCACGCAAAGCAAAGUCGCCUUCAACCCACCGGACGAUGACGAUGAGGAGGGCUUCCCAAUGGAAGGGAAAACCGAGUCCCAGAUCGAGUGCUUGAGCUGCGGCUUCAAGCCGAGGCCGACCGAGUCCAGGUUCUGCACGCUUACGCUGAGCGUCCCGCUCGACGCAGCUUCGACAACGUUGAACACCUGCUUUGACGGCAUGUUCAAGACCGAGUACAUAGAAGACUACAAGUGCGAAAAGUGCAGGCUAGUACACGCCCAGGAGGUAUUCAGGGCCGAGAUGCAGAAAUCAAGGUCCGCAGAUUUCAGGAGACAGGCCCAGGAAGCGCUGGACAAACUACAACACGCAAUAAACACGAAUCCAGAACAUGCGCCCGAGGACAUCGUCUUGCCGGACAGUAAGCAUGCGCCGAGACGCAAGAUCGCCAGGCAUACUCGGGUAACGGUUUUCCCCAAGAUCCUGGCCAUCCACCUCAACCGUUCCAUCUACGCCAGGCAGACAUCAUUAAAGAACUCAGUGAAGGUCGCUUUCCCGGAACGGUUACCGCUCGGUGGUCUUCUGCUUCGCAGAAAGUACAAGCUGCUGGGUCUUGUUACUCACAAAGGCAGCCAUCACAGUGGUCACUACGAAUCUUUCAGGAGGCAAAACGUUCCCGCUCCGUACUCUACCCCAAACACUUUCCAAGCUUCGGGUAUCUACAGCAAGACUGCUAGUCCCAUGUCGACGCCUCAGAUGCAUCCCACGAAGCGGUUUUCGGAGGACGGAACACCAAUGACUAGCACCCCUGACCUCCCGUCCCCAGCCUCAGGCUCCCCGUCACUAGACUACGCCAACACGACCCGCCGGAGCUCCCCGAGUCUGAACGGCAACGGCAAGGCAUCUUUUAAACUGGGGCCCACGUCCGCGCCAAGGGAGAAAGACCCCGAGACGAGCAGCCUGAGGUCGAUAGCCGCGUCGGCCAAGUCAACGAUGUCAAAGAUCUCGCCGUCAAGGAACGGAAGCGGCAGCGGCGCCAGCAGGGCGGGGACGCCGACGUCAAAUGGGGCCGCCACAGCAUCCACGCACACGGCCAAGCCAGCCAAGAAGAAGCAGCAAGACCGCUGGUGGCGCAUCAGCGAUGAGAAGAUCAAGGAGGCCAGCACGCGCGAGGUUCUCGGCAUGCAGCGCGAGGUGUACCUCCUGUUCUACGAAAUCGAGCGGGACGGCCUGGGCGAAAUCUACUACGGCAGCAGCAGCAGCGACGACGACGAUGAGGGCUCGUCGGGUCUGCUCCGGGGGUGCCUGCCCUGCGGCCGGGUGAGGGAGCGGCUGCGCGGCGCCGCGGCCGCCCUGAGGCAGCGUCGGAUCUCGUGGUCUUCCGCUCGGGACCAUCGGUAUCGCCAGUUGCAUGAGGCAGCGUGGUCGUAG